GACAGUGUAGAUCGGUGUAGAUCUUCUGUCAAAUCUGUCACAGAGCUCUGUAGUCGGUGUAGUAUUUAACAUUCCUCGCUAAUCUGACGAUUCUGACAUUUAAUAUUUAUUUGGAAAUGCCUUAUGAAGAAAAUGUCUGAGAUGAAUGUCAACAAGUACCAAUAAUUUUAAAAGUUUCGUUUUCUCUUGACACUGAUUCUCUUGAUACUCUUAUAAGAUGCUGACAUAAGAGAUUUAUUAACGAACGUAUUUGAAUACGAUAUACCUACGGUUGAAGAGAAGAUUUUGCAAGAUAUAUGUACGUAUAUGUCAUUUCUGAAGAACAGUCUUGUCAGAUGUCUGUACGUGAGCAUGCAGUAACAUAAAACUACGUUCUUUUCCGACAUAUGUAAUCGGUGGUGUAAUGAGUAUCCUUUGUAAAAUAGCCGUUAAAGAGUAAGGAUUGAUCUGAACGUGUGAAGGUACAUAUCGGAUUUAAAAUGCCAAAUUCGUAUCUGUAUGCUAUUAACAAUGAAGGGCGUGUAUUUGGAUUGUCGACGUCGGGAAAUAUGUGGCGUGAAUUUAUGUAUUUAGGACUUGAAUUUAAACAAUUGUCAGCUGUACCACAUUUUAUGUGGGCCAUUGGUGGUGAUCGUCAAGUUUACGUUCACGUUCACGGCUUAGAUGUACCAAUUAGAAUCAAAGAAGAAACUUAUGAAAAUGAGCGAUGGUUGCCUUUGGAGGGUUUUUCUGGAAGACUGCUUCCAACUGACAGAUAUAAUUUCUCCAAUCAAGAUGGUACGGUUGAUCGUAGUAGAGACAAAGUGAAAUUGCCAUCAAUGGCAUGGCAGUGGGAAGGUGAUUGGCAAAUAGAAACAACAUUAGAUGGUCAACCGUUAGAUCAUGAUGGAUGGACAUACGCAAUUGACUUUCCAGCUACGUAUACUACAAAAAAGCAGUGGAAAUCUUGUGUAAGAAGACGCAAAUGGGUUCGUUAUCGAAGAUACAGUGCUAUGAAUUCAUGGUGCGCUAUUGCACCUCUGCACAAAGAUCCAACAAAGGAACCUUUUAUUGAUAUAGCAGUGGGAGGAAAUCAAAUGCCCGGAAGUAGUUCUGGUAGUUUAGUAGUCUGGGCGGUAACGGCUCACGGAAGGAUCAUGUUCCGUGUUGGAACAAGUACAACUUGUCCUGAAGGACAAAGAUGGAGCUCUAUCAAAUUGACAAGCGGCUAUGAAGUAUGUCAAAUUAGUGUUGGAGUAACCGGUCUUGUUUGGGCUGUACUUAUGAUAGGCAAAGCAUUAGUUCGUACAGGCGUGACGAGAGACAAUCCAAUGGGUGAAGAUUGGUCAGAAGUGGAGCCGCCACAGAAAGACUUGAGAUUGGUACAAGUUAGUGUUGGUACUGAUGCUGUGUGGGCUGUAACGCAUGACGGCGGAGUGUGGUUUCGAAAAGGUAUUCAAGGCGAAAUAAGUGGUGUUUGCGAACAAUUGGCCACUGGAACCGGUUGGGUUGAAAUGUUAAGCAAAAUGGCAUUAAUAUCUGUUGCUCCAAAUGAUCAAGUAUGGGCUAUUGGCUAUGACGAUCGAUGUUUGUAUUACCGUACUGGUAUCACACGCUCUGAAUUGACGGGGAAACGAUGGAAAUUAAUAAACGCACCACUGCAAUUAAGUAGAGCAAGUAGCAACGCUAGUUUGUCAUCUAGUAACAGACACAGUACUUGCGGUACACCGCAACAGCAACGUCAUCAGAGCUGGAGUUCCUUGAAUCGUCCUCAUAGUACUGGUGAAGGUACAAUGUUAAUUAGAGAGUGGGAAGAGCAAUCACGUUCGGCGCCAACGCCCACGUCUUUGAAAUUGUGGCAACGUACUGGCGCUGACAUCGUAUCUGCAAAGAAUAGUCAACAAACAUCUUUUCAAGAUAUAUAUCUAGAAGAGAGAAAGAGAUCUACAAAUUCUGUAGACACAAGUGAUUUGAACGAAGCGAGUGUUGCUAGUAUAACUAUAUCUAAUGAAUCUUUAGCAAAAAGUGGAGAAUCGAUAAUUGUUUCGGGAAAAGGAAUGGGCAGUACCGUCAAGAUUAAUCCUGCUGCUUGGAGUCCUGUUCAUUCUGUCGGUUCCAUGGUAGGAGUUGAGGCACAUCCAGAAACGGAUGGAAGUGUAUUUGACCCAGAUUUAACUGGAGACUCUGGAGUAUACGGCGAAGAUGAAAGCGCAGGGAUAAUAUAUUGGGCCGAAUGUGACGUGUUAUGGUAUAAAGUGGAAGCUGGAGCAUGCUUUGUCGACCCAACAAAUCCACCCAAAUGGAUUGCUGAUGGCAACGGUGUAACACAAGGGGAAAUUGGAGAAUUGUGGAGGAUAAAUAUUUUAAAUGAAUUAAAAGCGAGAUUAAAGAAAAUGUCAUUUGAUUCGUCGACAGUGUAUGAAAAAGCAGUUGAAAAAUCAUCUUGGGUGAAGAGUGGUGAUGGUAAAUGUAAAAUUAAAAAUGGCAGUCUAUAUGAAGAUUGCAAGAUUGAACUGGAAUGGAUAAGUAGCGAUACUGGAUCAUUAGAUUCUGGCACUUUAAUAAUAUUAAAUUCCGAUGGCGUAACAAGCAUAAUACAAUUUCCUGUUUCGGAAAUUACAUGUGUCGUUUGCUGUAGUGAGCCAGGUAGUCCAAGGAUAGCAGUUCAUACUCCUAAAUUAAGUCGUUCAAAAAUAAUUAGAUUACAAUUUGCGAGUGAUACGGAAAUGGAAGACUGGUUGGCGCAUUUAACUUUAGUAUCUUGCCAGAUAAAUAAUGUAUGUGGUAGACCUGGUCCGAAUUCCAUUUGGAUCACAACUGCGUUAGGUGACAUAUAUGUAUUCGAUCCUGCAAUUGCGGAGGAAUGUCAGUUAUUUGAAAAUGGAUACGUACAAGAAAUGGAUGUUACUGGUAAAGAUUUACCGUUUGAAAGCAUAUUACAAAAUGGUUUUGGAUACGGUAGUACUCUAAGAAUUACAGUAUGCGUUCAUGAUGAUGCCGACAGAUUGUCUUUCAAUCUCGUCUGUUACACUACCACAUUUGUAAAACAAAAGACUGUGACAGACAGUCAUGACGUUGCUUUGCAUUUUAAUCCAAGACUCAGAGAAAAUAUCAUUGUACGGAAUACAUAUCAAAAUAGUCAAUGGGGAGAUGAGGAAAGAAAUGGAGGUAGUCCAUUGAAAGCAGGCUGUGACUUUACGUUAUACAUUGUUUGCGAAGAACGCGGUUAUAGAAUUUAUAUUAAUGAUAGCGAAUAUACUUUUUAUAGUCACCGAAUAUCUCCAACCAGUAUUACACAUUUACGUAUCAAGGGAUUGCUAACUUUAUGUAGUAUCACAUAUAAAUCUACAUCUGUCAUCAUCGAACCUAGCGCAAUGUUUUGGAGACAAAUUGGUGGACAUUUGAAAAAAGUUGAGACAUGUUCCGUAGGUGUUACUUGGGGUAUCGGUUACGACAGUACUGCUUGGGUAUACACAGGUGGUUGGGGAGGCGCGUUUCUCAAAGGCUUAGGAACUAGCAGUAGCACCGGAAUAAAUACGAUGAUAGACACCCACAAAUAUUAUGUAUAUGAAAAUCAACGUUGGAAUCCAGUUACUGGAUAUACCGCGCAUGGACUUCCAACGGACCGUUAUAUGUGGAGCGACGCAACUGGACGGCAUAAAUGUACGCGAGAGCAUACGAAAUUAUUGUCAAUGCAUUGGCACUGGGUAUCAGAUUGGAUCGUCGACUUUCACACACCCGGUGGCGUUGAUCGAGAUGGAUGGCAAUACGCUACUGACUUCCCGUCACAAUAUCACGGCAAGAAACAAUUUACCGAUUACGUUCGACGAAGACGAUGGUUUAGAAGCUGUCAACUAAUGACCAGUGGACCUUGGCAGGAAUUGGGAAAUACUAAACUCAUUGAUGUCUCUUUAUAUGCGACUGAAAAACCUGGCACGGAUAGUCCAAUUCAUGUUUGGGCAGUUGCUGCAAAUGGUGAAGCUUUGUUCAGACGAGGUGUCUCAGAAUCUUGUCCAAUGGGAGUAUCAUGGGAACACAUACCAAGUGAUCAGCCAUUAAUUAGCAUAUCAUGCGGUCCAUGUGGACAAGUCUGGGCUAUUGGAAAGAAUGGCUCCUCUUGUUGGAGAUUAGGCAUCAGUGUUACAAAACCAACUGGUAUUCAAUGGCAAAAUGUCGAACCACCUUCAGGUGCUCAGCUGAAACAAAUUUCAGUAGGACAUGAUGUUGUGUGGGCCUUAGAUACGAUGGGUCGACUGUCAGUACGCCGAGAAGUACAAUCUAAUGUUUUCCCCGAGGGAACUCAUUGGCAAACAUUACCUGCUAUGCCAAAUGAUCCUAUUCAUAUAGAUGUAUCAGUCGCAAACGCUAAACAAGGAUUCAGACACGUAUCCGUUUCGAGAGAACAGGGACAAGUUUGGGCAACUUCGGGAGCCGGCAUUAUUUGUCGAAGAAUUGGUAUUACUCAUGAGAAUCCAGCUGGAACCGGAUGGGUGACCGGUAUAGGAGCAAACUGGCAAAAUGUAAGCCUUGGAGGACUUGUAAAUAAAACAAAAUAAUCUUUAUUGCAAUUGCCUAUAUAAAACACAGGCUAUGGUAAUAUGAAAUAAUUAACAAUUUUGUGAUUGCCUUAUAAAGUGUAAUAUUGUAUGCGUAUACAUAUAUGAACACACAGUAGCGUCUAUGCUAAUACAUUAUUGCUAAUUUGUAGUCAAUAUAAUCAUAAUAAUACGUAUAAAAAUUACUUGACACCGUCACACUCGAAACUUCUUCCUCACAAUCAAUAUAAUGGAUAUUAAAAAAUUGGAAUGAUACAGUUAAAUAGUUUAUAAAAUAAAGUAUAUAUACAUUAUUUAAAUUAUUUUUUCAGUUACAAUUUGCUUCAAGAUAUACUUACAUAAACGAUAAAAUAAUAAAAUUAUUAUGGGAAUGUUUUGUUAUUUUUCUAGUAUGUCUAAGAUAAACGAAUAAAUAUAACGUCUAUGACUAGCACAAAAUGCUUACAAAUAUAGAAUAAAAUUAUUAAGUACUUUUCUGUGAUUGUGUAAACAUUCCAAUGAGCGUAAUAAUAUUUAUUGGAUGAUACUUGACAGCUAUUUUCGCUAAUUUUUAUGAACCACAAAAGUUCAUUAUAAAUACAUAUUACAAAUACAACAUUAUAACCAAUGCGCGCUCAAUGUUACUAAUAAAAUUUCCUUAUGACAAUAGUUAUUAAUUUUUUUUUUGACAUAUAGCUAAUAUUUCUUUAAAUUGUAGAGAUAAAAAGUAUAUAGUGAAACAUUUUGAUAAGACUGUAGGAGAAUUAUUAACUGCGUAUACAUACAUUACCAAUGUAGUAAAAACAUCAUUGAAUACGUUUAAAGUAUUUUAUGUAAAGAGUGCAGGCUAUUUUUAUUUUAUUAGUAAAUAUCACACAAUAAAUAAUCUGCUUUUGUUAUGCAA